AUGAGAUGCCGAAAUGGCCAACGCUUAGGACACACAAAAAAUCGUUGCUCGAAUCCCACUACCUGCGAAGGUUGUAACUUACCCCCACACUCGCCCGACACAUGUACUCGUAACCAAUGUGCGAACUGCGGCAAUGAACACCCCUCCUCGGACAAAAACUGCCCGCGAUUCCACCAAAUGAAAGAAGUACUGCAAAUNCCGGCAAUGAACACCCCUCCUCGGACAAAAAACUGCCCGCGAUUCCACCAAAUGAAAGAAGUACUGCAAAUAAAAACUAUUUUCAAAUGCUCGAUGGGCGAAGCCUACAAAAAAUAUAACGAAAAAAACACACUAUCACAUAGCACAAACUCCUAUGCAUCUAAAGCUAAAAAAUCUCCUCACCUUAAUCACUCAACAGCACCAGCAAGCAAACCAUCAACUUCAUCAACAGCAAAACUAAUACGUCCCGCUUCUCCACUAAACACCAAUUCAGAUAAUAACAACAAAAAAAUUAACUUAAUCACAAAGAAAACCCAACCUAUCAAAAGUGUAAGCAACAUGCAAAUAAGCCAAGAUCUCAUACAGGCCACAACCUCCGAAAGCUCCACUCAGUCACCACUUUUUAAUCUUACCCAACAACUCAUAAACCACAACGAAUACUAUAUCCCGAGAUCAGAAACAAAAUCUCCAUCCAACGAAAUUUAAUUCUAAGGCUUAACCUCGUAAAUUCAAAUUUACAAGGCUACAAGCUCUCUUCAUACAAAUGAUCAACAGAUUCAAUAUUUUGCAAUGGAAC